UGUUCUCUUUCUCUUCCAAUGGGUAGCAGUGCUGUGUGGGUCUUCUUGCCUUUUGAGGUGAUCAUUGCUGUAGCAUGUUGUCUGGGCAAUGUUCUGGUGAUCUGGGCAGUGUGGACAUGUGGAGCCCUCAGACAGCCCACCUUCUGUUUCAUUGUGUCCCUCGCUGUGGCUGAUUUCCUGGUGGGGUCUGUGGCCAUUCCUAUAGCUGUGCUGGUCGACAUUCAUAUGAAGAUCCCCUUUUAUGGCUGCCUUUUCAUGUGCUGUGUCAUCAUAAUGCUAGAGGUGGCCUCUGUUGCUUUACUCCUGGCCAUUGCAGUGGACCGUUUUCUCCGUGUGCGCAUCCCUCUGACGUAUAAGUCUACAGUCUCUAAAAAACGCUCUUGGAUCGUGGUUACACUCUGCUGGUUCGCUGCUGUGUUGCUGAGUUUUAUCCCCAUGUUUGGAUGGCACAACCCUUUGGAUGCAGACAGUAUUCAGUGCAGCUUCUUAACUGUUAUUUCCACUUCAUAUCUAGUAAACUUUAUUUUCUUCAGCUUCUUUCUUCCUCCUUUGGCUCUCAUGACAUGCUUGUAUUGUUACAUCUUCCUGACCACUCGAAGGCAGUUAAGAGCAAAUAUAGGUUUGGCUGCCGAGUCCAGGACAUACUACCAAAAAGAACACAGACUGGCUGCUUCACUGGUUCUGGUUUUCUGUCUCUUUGCUGUCUGCUGGCUCCCAGUAUUCCUCAUGUUUACUGUAACAUUAUAUAGUCAAAAUAUUGAGGUGCCCUCUGUUGCCAUUGAUAUAGCUGUCCUCCUGUCUCAUGCUAAUUCAGCAGUUAACCCCAUAGUGUAUGCAUUCAAGAUCCCCAAGAUAAAAGAGGCGUGUAUGAAGCUGUGGAGAAGAGUUUAUCAUGACGGAGAACAGCAGCAGAAGUUUCCAGCGCUGAGCCAGGUUUCAGGGGCUCUGAGAGUGGCCCUGCUGGAAAGUGGCAUCUCCAAAGUCUGCCACUUACAAAGGGGUGUGGACUGGGUGUCAGCAGAACAGCUGGCAGAGAUAGGUGGCUUCAGGUCAGUGCGACUGGCGCUACAGAUGCUGAAUCGGCUGAAGUCUGACCUGUCUUUUCCUGUGUGGGAUUACCUGGACAUGAGCCCUGUAGACCAGUGCCAGAGUGAAGAGCCUGUGUUUCCUGAACUGGUGACAGAUUUGAGAGAUCCAGAGAUGCAAAACUGGCAGGAGGGUCAGGGGAUGCUCUUGUCUUUGGGAACCCUGACUCUUGGUCUCUUUAGCACUCUCACUAAGAGGAUUUUGUACCUUGCGUGUACUAAAGCCCUGAACUUUCACAGUUUGAGAGACGUGCGACAGUCUAAAUGGACUGAGGUUGUUCAGGCUGGCUCUUCCCCGAAAGGUAGCUGGCGGUCCCUGUACAAAAGACCCAUUGAGAAGAGGCUCGGCUGA